GACAAUUGCGACUUGAUGAUGUUCACCCAGUUGCUGCAGAUCAACGACAUCAAGAUCGAGAGCUCGCACAUGUCGCACGCGUUCCUGGCGAGGAUGUCGGCGAACGCCGGCGUGACGGCCAACCUAGCCGGCAGCAAGGAGAACAAGAGGGCGAUGAACAAGUCCGUGCGCGUGCAUUACGCCUGCGACAUCUGCUCGUUCCUGUGCCGCACGAAGGGCAGCCUGAGGAAGCACGCGCAGCUGCACAGGAACACGUGUAGGAUAUGCGGCGAGCGCUUCGUCGCCAUCGACAAGCUGGAGAUUCACAUGGUACUGAAUCACGGCGAGGCCAAGUACUCCUGCCAACUCUGUUACACCGUCACCUGGAGCGUGCCGGACAUGACGGAGCACUUCUCCGCGCGGCACCUCGACCCGACGCACAACAACUGCAGCAUCUGCAACAAGGAGUACCGUUCGAAGAUCGGCAUACAGAGGCACAUGUACAAACACCACUGCAGCGUCUCCGUGGCGUGCACCAUCUGCAGGCGCAUCUACAAGAGCGUGAGCGCCCUGAAGACGCAUACCAGACUGGUGCACCUCAAGUCCGGCUACCAGUGUGGGAUCUGCAAGCGACGGGUCGCCACCGCUGCCUCCCUCGAGGCGCACAUGCGUCGGCACGACAACACGGGUCAGCCGACGAACCCGGAGACUUACGUGUGCACCACCUGCGGCGAGUCCUUUCUCAACAAGCGCGACCUCAAAAGCCACGUGGUCAGCCACGGCAGGAUCAAGCCGCACGUUUGCCCGGUUUGCCGGAAGGCGUUCGAGGAACGGCGCGUGCAGGUGCAGCACAUACUGACGCACAUGAACACGCCGUUGUACGUGUGCGACGUGUGCGGGAUGAAAUAUUCGCGGAGGGCCACCCUGGUGCGCCACAGGAGCACGCAUCCCGGACCGCUCGGAGCGCUGCCGGAGAUACCGGUGACGGACAUUGUGACCGAGUUCGUAAAGAACUACUUGAACGAGAGCAAAAACAUGCCGAAUUCGUAGUUCGGGCUCUGCGAGUCCGAAUUGUUUAUUCGUAUAUCCUGCAA